UUUUCAAAAGCAGUUUUUUUAUUUCUUCUUCUUAGCAAACUGAGUUCAUGUAAAUGCUGAUCAUUAGAUUUCUUUGAAAUGGUUUAAUCGUAUGUUUCAGGCAUGGAACAGAAGAACUUAUCAACAAAAGGGGUACCGUAUCAACACUCCAAACAGUAGUUAGAUAACAAUUUUCCUUCUUAUAUUGGUCGUCAGUUUACGAUAGUUUCUAAUCAAUUUUGUUGGGAUUAUUCAAUUCUCCCUUUUCACCAGUGUGCGUUCCGUCAUUAUCCAAUGACAGUUCUUUCAUUUAACGACUACAAAAAAGGCUUGGAAAUAAUCAAUUGUCUUUCCAUUUCGUAUAAAUUCAUGUAAAGGGCACAUUGAAAGGCACACUAAAUGAACUAAGUAACAUUAUUGGUGGAAUUCGAUGUUUUGUUUAUUUACUUACUUUCCUGCUUAUUAUGAAUGAACUGCCUGUUUGUCUGUCGAUCAUAAAAAUUCAUAUUCAGUUUCCCUGAUUGAUUAACACAAUAUUUUUGUUAACGGGUCAUUUUCUACUACUGUAAACAACGAGAAUGGCGUUGCUUUCAUUCACUAUCACCUGGUUACUGCUUUUUCAACAGAACAUAAAUGCCGAAUACUACACUGCUGUUAUUGAUAUAACGAAAGCAUGGAGGUUAAGUCAAGAACUAGUGUCCGAUCUAAAUUCUUACAUUGCCCUUGAAGAGAGACGUCUUAAUCGUAUUCGGAAAGUUGUCAAAGUGUUGGAUGCUAAUGGAUCAAUUAGUGACGCCUCGUCAACACUAAGUCAACAGAAUAAUGACCUAGAAGAAUAUUUAGGCAAUCCGAUUAAUGCUUAUCUUACAAUGAAGCGUCUUUCAUCAAGUUGGAAAUCACAAAUCAGUCAACUUGUUGACAAUGUACCAAACGGUUUUCAGAAGGGUGAUACUGAUGGGUCAGACUAUUUAAAUAUUUCUGAUGCUCAAAACACAAUCACAAUGAAUACAAUUCGAUCACGUGUUAAACAACAUACAGAUAUGCUACCUGGUGAUAAUGAUGUCAGUGGUGCAGUAGAUGCAAUUCUACGCUUACAGUCUACAUAUAAACUACCAGCUAGACAGCUUGCUUACGGUCAGUUAAUUGAUAAUCUGUCAACUCCUCAACUGAGUGCUGCUCAAUGCUUGGAAGUAGGUAGACAUGCCUAUUCACAGGGCGAUUUUGAACAAUCAGAAGAAUGGUUUCGUGUAGCCUAUGAUCGGUUAUUUGAUGAGUUAGAACAGAAAAAAGAAGUUGAUGCACAAGGAACUACCAUCGCAAGUGACGAAACUGAAGAAAAUGGAGAAACUGAACCGACAGUUGGACAAAUUUUAGACUAUCUUGCCUAUUCUCUUGGACGACAAGGAAGAUAUGCUGAAGCACUGAACGUGACACGUUUGCUAAUCGAAGAGGAACCGACAAAUACAAGAGCUAUCAAUAAUGAAGCCUUUUAUGUAGAACAAAUAGACAGAGGUGAAGGAAGAAUAGGUCCAAAUCCUCGUUCUCAAGCUACAUCAAAGCACGAUCAAGAAACUGAGCUAUACGAAUCAUUAUGUCGUAAUGAAAAUCCCUUCCCUACAGUCCCAUCACGUCACCUAACAUGUCAAUAUUAUACUCCUCAUGCGUUUUUUAGAAUUGGUCCAAUUAAGGAGGAAACUUUAAACCCUGAUCCCCGUAUUGUAAUGUGGUACGAUUUGAUUUUCCCAUCGGAGAUUGAAAAAAUCAAAGAACUGGCUACACCAAGACUUCGUAGGGCAACGGUUAAAAAUCCAGUAACUGGCAACUUAGAGGUAGCAUUUUAUAGAACCAGUAAAAGCGCUUGGCUUCCUCAUUCUAUGACUGAAAUUACUGACCAGAUAAGUCAGCGUAUACGAGCUGUUACAGGUUUGUCUCUUGAGACUGCUGAAGAUCUACAAGUCGGUAAUUAUGGGUUGGGUGGACAUUACGCUCCACAUUUUGAUUUCGGUCGAAAAAGAGAAAAAGACGCAUUCGAAGUUAAAAAUGGGAACAGAAUAGCUACAAUUAUUUUUUAUGUAACUUUACAUUUGUACUUUCAGUCGGAAUUGAACAGCCAGAAUUAUAGUUUUUAUUAAACUCCUGAAAUAAUUUCGGUUUUUUAUAUUUUAACUGGCUUGUGAUUAUCCAGAGCCAAUUUGAGUAUGGAGGUCAGGACAGUUUAUUCAACUGAAGAACUGAAGUUAUUGUGUAGACUGAAACCGUUAUACACGUUAGCUACAUAAGAAAGAAGUUAUACAAGAAAGACUUGACAAGGAAUAAUAAUGAUUAUAAUAAUGAAAAUAAAUAUUGGGAAUUUUACUGCUCUUAGGUUUUACGUUAACUGAAUCUUUUCGAUUUCUGUCAAUUUACUGCAUGUUUUCAACAUAGUACUAGGAACGUAGAAGGAUGGAGAAAACUUAGUGGAUUCUGUUACGCCGAGUAUAACUAUCUUCAUUCCUAAGACAAGGAUGAGAGGAACAGUAUCUAAUGUGAGAGUCAUAUUGAACCGGCACAUUCUGUAGCGCAAUUAAGCUACUGAUAUGAUUAAUGUACCUCCUAUGAUCCUAGAUUCUUUAAAUAGAUAGAAAGAUUACAGGAAUUAGGUAAGUUUUAUGCAAGAUGGGGACCGUUCGUUAAAUCUUAUUAUUGUUGAGCACAGGAAUUAGUAAAGGCUAAGGUCUGAAUAUGGACAAUAGGCAAUACUUCUGAAACAAUACUAGAUCCAAUGCAACUAAAUAGAAUGAUGGCUAAUAAAAACAAUCAUUACUACACCCGAGUAAGGAAACAGAAGACUUUGCGAAAGAGAUUUUAUGUCUCGCGUAAACACAACAAGAUAAGUAAGUAGUGUUUUGCAAGACAAAUUGAAAUAGGUUCCAAUUAAAUGGGAUUCCCAUGUUUGGGACUGGCAGUGUUCAUAGAAGUUCUUCAAUGUCUAUUUAUUUGAAUAUACUGUGUGAAUAGUUUUUAAGCUAAACUCAUCAAAAUCAGGUCUACUUCUUCCACCUUACUGUAUCUUCAUUUUCAUAUUCCAAGCAAUUUUACCCUGGAUUUAUAAUUUAUAAUUAUUGUAACCGUGAAUAUCUUUGUUUAGUUUCCAUCUGUCAACAACAUAUUUACUUCUAAUUCAAAGCUUCGUUUCAUACCUCAAAAAGUUUACUGAUUAUUUAGAAAAAUAAUCAGUAACAAAUAAAUACUCCUUAUCUACUGUAAAAGAACAUUUGCAUUCUAGUCCAUUGAGUGAUGUAAGAUUUACAAAUAUGUACACCACUACAAUAAGAUUAUCUUGGUAAGAUUAUCUAGAGGAACUGUGAAUCACUGAAAUAUAACACGUUAAGAUUUUUUAGGUUCUAUGAUCUUAUUGCGUAAAAAUGAGAAUCUUUUUUAUUUAUCGCAGACUGCGCUUAGUUCACAUUAAGAACAAUUUUCUGAGUGUAAGAUUUAGGUUAUGUAAGUAAAAGAUGAAGUGAAUGACUUUCACUUUGGUGCAUCUGGAAAUUAUAUCGACUUCAGUACAUGAUUUCCCAUGAAGAAAAAACCAACAUGUCGUCAAUGGAGUUCGCUGUAGAAACUGAUCCUAUCAUGUUAUUUCUGGACAUGAUUUUUGAUUGUUAGCUUUUGACAAAAUACCAACUUGUCGUCACCACAGUACUGUGAUCGACAGUAGUUGUCAAACAAAAUUAUAGGACAUAGUCUUAUGAAAUUAAAAAUUAUACCAUAUGUUAUACUAACAUACACUGAUCAUUUCUUCAUAAACUAUAAAUUUCGAGAUAAUACCUAUGUUUUCAAGUUUCAUGUAACGAAACAGUACUUGAUACUUGGCAGCGAUUCCACUAACUAUUAGUCUAAUUCCAUUUCGUUUAUUUCUCAGUUGCUCAUUUUUGUGACCUAUCCGUUAAGCACAGGUUCAAAUUAUUUUUGUAACGGUUAAUCAUAUUAUCCGUCUCUCCAACCUAAGGUAGGUGAAGCACAUGUUGAAACUCCGACCUAUUAUUCGAAAGUUAAGUACUUCAUCGUUUUAACGUUAAAGUUAACACCUAUGCAUUGUAGUAUGCAAAGUGUGUACGGAGUUUAAAAAAAAACUAUUUUUUUGUAAAUGUACGUUUUAAUCGUUUAAAGAUCCCCAUCAUAUUAAAUGUACAUUUCUUAAUGUCUAUUUGGGAUGGAUAAAUUAAAAUUCAUAAACAACCACACAAUUUCACAGUUUUGAAGCACUGAAUGGCUGUUUGCAACCUGUUAGCAUCCCAUUUACUUAAGCCAACGUUCUUUAACAAUAACUUAUUCCACUUCAUCAUUGUCUCUUUUAUCAGUGUCUCUUGGUUCACUUAUUGCCUUUGUGUGUCGAUAUCUUCUAUAGUCCAUCUAUACUUUGGUGUAACACACAAUCACAUCAAACUUAUCAAUUUAUCAAAGUCUCCCACUGAGUAAGUGAAGGUGAUUUCUACUCUUUAGUUAUUAUUUACUUCUAUGUGAAUUUUCAGUGAUAAUCAUAUCUGUUAUGAUAUAGAAGUGUAUGUCCAGCCAAAACAAAAAAGAGCUGUAUAAGAACUCAUUCUGAGAUCUAACUGUCACUGGGAUGAGGAACAAUUUUUCGAUCAGUUUAUAAUUACGUGAAAAUUCUUCCUAGUUUCUUUCUUUUCCAUUUAAAAAUUUCACGAUUUCUAAAUAAUUGAUCAAGGCUUAUGUUACAUACUCAACAUGAAAUUCUGAAUGUUGAUGAUUUAAACGUCAGCUCUUUUUAUACUUCUAGUUAUCUGAUGUACAAGCAGGAGGAGCCACUGUAUUUAACCGUAUCGGUACACGUGUAGUCCCUAAAAAAGGAGCUGCUGGUUUCUGGUUUAAUCUUUUGCCUAGUGGAGAAGGUGACCUACGAACUAGACACGCUGCUUGCCCAGUUUUAGCUGGCUCGAAAUGGGUAAUGAAUCUAUGGUUUCAUGAACGCGGUCAAGAAUUUCAUAGGCCAUGUGAAUUAGAGCGUGGGGCAAUUGAAACAGAUGAUGGUUUUUAAAUAUAAUCCAGCUUUAUUCCUUUAAAAAUUAUGCAUCUACUCAAUUAUUUGUUCGUUGUUUCGUUUUAUAUUCAUUAUGUCACUACUAACUAAGCUAAGCAUUGAUGAUUUUGUUAAAUCACUUUCGAAAUGUUUAUUUUCAUUCAAAACAAUAAAUUAGCACAUUAGUGAAUACUUUAAUGUGUAAAAUAUAAUCAAUUUUAAUCGAUUUCUUUUUCUUUGCUUCCCUGCACUAAAUAAUCUGCUUACUUUCUAAAAAAGAAAUGAGCAAUCUACUGGUACAUAUGGCUUAUACAUAUGAUGACUCAUUGUUUAUUAUUAAGCAGUUGAAUUUAUAAUGGAUUUUUUUUCAUAUUCAAAUGGUAAUUGGACGGAAUGUUAAGUUUUUUUUACUAUAAAUUGAUUUAUUAGUGUAUAUGUUUCGCAAACUGGAGUUAGUCAAUUCAUCGAAGAGGAAAAACAAAAAGAUAAGAACCAAUUAAACAAAUACCAUUUGAUUUCAGAGUAAUGACUAUCAUCGUUAAAGAAUCCUUUAUACUAUUACACUUUAAAUAUGAUAUACUUAAUAACAGCUCUGCAGGACAAUCAUUUCAUAAUUAGGUUUUGGUAUUGAAUUUGAUAAGUAAAUUUUCAUGCAUUAAUUAUUAAUAAUGAAUAUAUGGUAUCAAUAAUUAUUAUUUAAUCUACCUUGUGGUGCUACAAUCAACUGAUAACGGCUAACAAAUCAUGAAAUAAACAUUUGCUGAAUACAUUACUUCGUUUAAGCCCUGAUUUUCUGCCUUAAUUUCCGGCUGUUUUUUUCAAAAAUUAACUUGACGCUAUAACAAUAGCUUGUAAAGUAUUCAGAUAAAUUACAAUUAUAUUACCUUUGUUGCCC